UUGAUCCCCUUCUAUAAAUAUGCAGUUGAUCUAUAUCCUUUAAGGCAUUGUUGAUUUGUAACUUGCUUGAAACAUAAUUUAUACAUUGCUGUACGUUCACUGAUAAGAAAAAGACAUGGCCGCAACCCAGGAAGUCGUCCCAGCAGCAGUGCUUAGUGAUGAUAAUAAUGCUACUUUCGAGGAGAUGAUGGCGGUGGCAAGGGAGAAAGCAGCAUUGGAGCCAAAAGCUGAUGACCAGGAGGAAGCUGUUACUCGCGGUUUAAUUGUAAACCGUCAAAAGAACAAUUUAACUAUGCAUUUAUAUGAUCAACAUAAUUGGUAUGGAAAUCCGGUGCCGAGCUUCCCCUCGUCUAUUAUAAUUCAGAUGCAUCCCGUUGAAUUCAAGCACAAAGGGCCUCUUCCACAAGGGUCUAAGGGAGGAGUGGUUUAUGCUGACCAAAAAAGUUUUCCUCCGCGAAAAUGGCUUUUGGCUUUUGACCUUUUGAAAAAGAAGGUUUAUGUAGAAGCUGGGCCAAUUGGACCAACCGAUUGGAAUGUAGUCGAAGUCAAACUUGAUGCGUCCGAAGACCGUAGCACUUAUGAGGACUCAAUUUUCGGAGGCAAAGCUAGUGGAUCAAACGACGGCAAGAAUGUCUUUGCAAUGUUCUACAAUUAACUUGCUUAUAAAAAGUUGUUGCAUGGGAUCGGAGGAGCUCAAGCUUAAAGUCAAGCUACAAUUAGGCAGUUUAUAAUAAACUACUUAAAUUACUAGUAAUUCGUAAUAAAGUCCUCUUGUUAUGCAAUACAAAUAUAAUUGUGCCAUGAAUAUGAAAUGUAAAUUUACUGUUUCUUUGUCCUAAUAUAAUAUUGUGAGUCAAA